AAAUCAACACGUUCGGAACCGUCAGAACCCGUCCAAAUUCCAUGUCUGAUAGGGACCAAAUUUUCGACGUCCUCAUCGUAGGCGCCGGUCUAUCCGGGCUGUGUGCAGCCAAACGUAUCCGAGACAAAUGCUCUCGAGACGUCAUCCUCAAAGUGCUGGAAAAAUCUUCAAGAGCAGGCGGUCAGCUGGAUAGUUUCCAGUCACGAUGGGUCACAACCAGUCAUUUCCACGCCAUUGAGCUUUGCCGAGAGCUGGGAACCGAACUGGUCGAGCUGAGACAAAUGGUACGUGUGGAUCCAAGCCUGGCAACAACGGCCGAACGAAAAUUGCGUGAUGUGAGCCCAUUUGAGGGGCUGAUUUUCGGUACCCUGGCAAAGAUUGAAACCAACCGACUGAUGACGGAAAUUGACUCACUGUGUGCAACAAGAUUUAUCAUCGAGGACCCGUUGAAUAUGGAUGUGUUUCUUGAAAGGAAAUUGCUGCUAGAUGCUUCGAAAGAUUUCUUUCGGUUUGUAAUAAAAAUCAGCUGUGGCUUCCAUCCAAUAGAAUUGAGCGUUACUGACUGGUUGAAGUUUUGUCGCUCGAUGUCAUCGAUGAGCGGCAUUUAUGAAAUGUUGAAUAGAAACCUGACGCAUUUGGUUCCAAAAGAAGGAUGGAACGAACUGGUGGAUCAGCUAGUCGAGACAAUUGGAGAGGAAAAUAUAACAUUCUCAACAAAAGUCACUCGAGUGGAACUUACUGCCGAAGAGGAUCUCGUUUCGGUAGCUGAUGAGAACGGAUGCAUCUGGAAGGCUCGAAUCGUCAUUUGUGCUGUUCCAUGCGAUGAGUUACAGCGAAUCGAUUUUAUCCCGUCUCGUCCGACAUUCUUCAGAAUGCCAAAUUUGAAUGCAAAUAUUACACACGUGACCAGUUUCAAGGUUUGGUAUGAAUCAUCCAUCUGGAGAGAUCACGGCUAUUCGGGUAGCUUAUUCCUUCCGUCGUACCGAAUGUUGUGCUUUGAAAGAGAAGAUGGUCUACUGGAGGGCUCGUUCUUUCAUAUGGAUAAUUUGAACGAGUUCGAAGCAAGGUGGGCAAUCGUCAAUAUCCUGAGUCUACAGUUGCAUUGUCGUUCACUUCUACAUCCUGUGAAUUUCCAGUCAAACCGGUAUUUUUUGCCGUACUACUUUGAAGUGCCACCAUCUUUCCGACGGAGGAUUAUAUUUGCUUCUUCCAACGCCAGCUGCUGGUACCGUGGGUUCAUCAACGGAUCCGUACAGGGAGGAAUAAAGGCAGCCAUCCUGGCACUGCUUGAAGUGCGGCCCCAAAUCGUCAACUACAAGGAUGUUACCGACAUGCAGUGCAUCCACUUCAAGUAUUUUCAACGAUGCUCCAUACUAGAGCGCCUUUGGUGUUCGGUUAAUCUAUCGAGCGUAAGUCGAUUUGUGGCGGUUGCAGCGACGAUGGUUGCCUCUUGCGUUGUGUUGCUUGGGUUCACCAAAAAUAUUACCGGUUUAAGUGAAUUUGAGUCUGAAUAA